AUGUUCGCUCCUUCAACUCGUCGACCGCAAUGCCUCUUCUGUUCAUUCCGAACCUCCUUUGCAUCGGUGUCGAAACGAUAUCCUGACAGUAUCCGCGGCUACUCUACCACAGCUAGCCGCACAGAUCGAAGACAACACAAAGCUUCCCCGAUCGCAAGGCCCAUUCUCUCCGCACCGCCGAAGUCUCGGCGCCCGGGCCGGCGUCCGAUCGCAAAAUCGCUGGAGAUCUCUCCAGAUGCCAGUUACAACCGUGUUCGUGUCAGCUUGUCGAAAUUGAAGAAGCGGCUGGAGUCGACAAAAGUGACAGCAGAAUCAGAAGUUACACAGCUCGCGGCGCUCGAUCCCCGUGGGACGUAUUGGCCCGCAUUCAGAGAGCAGCUCGAAAGUACUCUGGCAGCGCGGGGUGACUUUGAGAGUGUGGAUUUUGACGGAUUAAUAUACGACAUUGGUCGUGCUCAGUUGGGUGACUGGGAAACGGAACUACCGAGAGUGCUGCAUUUUGGGUUCAUUGAUUACGUCCUUUUGAGAAAGGCGCAAGAUGCUCCACGGGAGGGUUUGGCGCUCGAUGAUCUGCAAUUCCCUACAGAAUGGUAUACCAAUGCUCGACAGGUCCAAAGAGAUGUCCAUCUUCAUAUCGGGCCGACCAACUCGGGAAAAACCUACAAUGCUCUGAAACGUCUCGAAGAGAGUGGCGACGGGUUCUACGCCGGCCCUCUCCGGCUGCUAGCACAUGAAGUAUAUUCGAGGCUCAAAGCGAAGGGCGUCCCUUGUGAUCUUAUAACUGGAGACGAUGUCAGACUAGAGGACGAUCCCAAUACGAAGCUCCGUGCAUCUACGGUCGAAAUGGUCGAUAUCUCCGCACGGUUUGAUGUUGCUGUGAUUGAUGAGGUGCAGAUGAUGGAUGACCACGAUCGAGGUUGGGCGUGGACUCGGGCAUUUCUUGGUGCCAAUGCAAAGGAAGUCCACAUUUGUGGUGAAACUCGAGUACUUCCGCUUGUUCGAGAACUGACAGCAUCCACCGGUGACAUACUUCACGUGCAUGAGUAUAAGAGACUGAAUCCGCUCAAGGUCAUGACGAAGAGUCUGCGAGGAGACCUCAAAAACUUGCGCAAGGGGGACUGCAUUGUGGCGUUUUCUGUCGUGAAUAUACACGCCUUGAAAAAGCAAAUUGAGCUGGACACAGGUCGCCGUUGUGCCAUUGUUUAUGGGAGUCUCCCUCCUGAGACUCGCGCGCAGCAAGCCGCGCUGUUCAACGAUCCCAACAAUGACUACGAUUUUUUGGUUGCAAGCGAUGCUGUUGGCAUGGGUUUGAAUCUGAGCGUCAAACGCAUUGUCUUCCACAGCGUUUCGAAAUUCAAUGGUACUUCCAUUGUGCAAUUGUCCACCUCUCAAAUCAAGCAAAUCGGCGGUCGAGCCGGAAGGUUUCGAAAUGCGCAUCAGGCCAUGCAUAACACCCAGGCCGCUGCCGAGUCCAAUGUCGGCCUGGUCACCACUCUCAAUGACGAGGACUUGCCUCUCGUGCGAGCUGCCAUGGAAUCAGAAGCUGCACCGAUCAAAAGAGCAGGUAUGCUUCCACCUGCUGAGGCCAUGGAGGAGCUCGAGGGUCGUUUACCGAAAGGGAUCCCUUUUGAAUAUAUCUUGAGACGGCUCUGUGGAAAAGCUGCCCUGCACGAGCGAUUUCGAGUAUGCAGUAUUCGCGACCAGAGUCGCAUUUCGCGGGUCAUUGAACCUGUCCGAGGCUUGACCAUGACCCAACGCAUCAUGUUGACGGCUGCACCAGCCACUUCCGCCUCGCAAGGAAUGGACGAAGUAAUGCGAGCUUUUGCGAGAUGUGUGGCAGAGCGAAGACAGGUGACGAUUGUCGACGUCCCUGAAGUUCAACUAGAGGUCCUUGAGAAGCCGAUCUCCGGAGACCGCGCCUACCUGCAGAGCAUAGAGGACCUCCACAAGUCCCUAGUCCUUUACCUCUGGCUCAGUUAUAGAUUCCUCGGCAUCUUCAAGGACAGAGAAAUGGCCGUGUACGCAAAAGAGCUUGCAGAGGACCGAAUCAACACGUGUCUUCUUGAGUUUUCUGCCAACCCCGACCUACGCAAGAGAGUUUUGUCGUACAAAAAGAGAAUGGCUCUUCCUCAAAUCCAAACCGAAGAGGGUGCGAUCACAGAUGACGAAUCUGAACUGGAGCUACCAGAUGAAGAAGGGACCCUCCCUGUGGACUGGAUUCGGGGUUCUGCAGCUGUCGAAAUUGAGCAAUCUCCACCCACACAGCCCUAUCUCGCAGCACAUGGCUGA